AUGACGGAAAACAAUGAACCAGAUUUUGUGAAAUAUGAAGAAGUACUAUUACCUGAUGAACCAGUUCCCGAAUCCAGACCUGGGACUUCAAAAGAAGAUUCGGAUUCAUCAACAGAAUCUGAUGAAGAAGAAGAUAAAGAAAUUCCCAUGGAGACUGGCGAUGUGGAAGGCGGCCUGGAUGAUCCCGAAAGAGCGGAAGCUGUCCGCAGAGAAACUAUAGAGCGAAUUCUAGAUUACACCUUCAUUCCGAGAAAAAUUGAAAAGAACGGGAAAAUGUAUCUCCAGCGUCUGUCUCGCCAACCCGUUUCCAGAGAAGACGUCAUCGAAGUGAGCAAGAAAUUUGAAAACUGCCUGAGGGAGAGAGAAGUGAAGAUGUCCGGUUUCUGCCCCCUUAGAAGAGAACUUUACGAUUUACUAUUCACUCUAGGUCAAACGGUUUGGCCUAUGAAGGACUAA